AUUUCAUUCAUCUGUUGAAGGACAAACUCAGCAUCACGCUUAAAGUUCAACAUGGCCAGCCAUAAGCCAACGAAGGUGUUGUUGUUUCAAGAUGACUACGAACGAAUGAAGAAAUGGGUUCUGCGCUAUCAGGAUAGCGAAACUGGCGGUCAAAUUUUCGGUUUAUGGAAAGAGAAUAGGGAACCUUACGUUAAUAUCGUCAUUGGACCUGGAAAAGAUUGUAAACAUGGCACACAUUCGUUUCAUCAAGAUAUGAAGUACUUGAAACGCGUCGGUAAGACGUUAAAUCAAGACUUUAUGAUGUGUCACAUAGGCGAAUGGCAUUCUCAUCAUCGCUUGCGUCUACACGCACCCAGCCACGGGGAUUUAAAUAGUGUUUGGAAUAAUUUUCCACAAGGAGUCGACUUUUUCCUGCUUAUUAUCGCGACGAUUGAAGGGAGCGACGAUGUACUUCUUAAUCCUUGGAUUUUCACGGCAUCAAAACAUGAACAUUCCCUGAUUGACGUGGAAUAUAUAAGCGGAAAAAAUCCUUUCAUGAAAAAUGAGCGGAUCAAAGAGAUAGUAACGCAGGGAGCUGAGUCUGAUGAGCAGUACUUAAAAAACGUCAAAGAAAGACGACUGCUCCCUGGACAAAAGUUGGCAGGAAAGCGAACCGGAGUAAAUGAAGAACGUCCUUGGUUCCAUGAAGAUAAGGCAUCCUAUCUGCUUCAAUUUUUGAACACCAAAUUGGAAGCAAUAAAAGAUCCAGCGAGUGAAGUACUUAUAAACUUAAAAGGUGGAUUCUUAAAUAUAUCUUUUGUAAUAAAUCAAUGCAAGAUAGAAUUUAUAUUUUCCAACGAAUUCCCAGGCAAUUUCAUGGAAAUUCUUUGCUCAGCUCCUGGAAGCAGUUCACCUUUAAAAAUACAGUCGAAUUUUCCCGUUAGCGAAGAAAACGUGAAUGCGUUGAUUGAUUAUAUUAAAGCUAUAGUUCCGAAACGAAUUUAUCAUGGCGCCAUUGUAAAAUACGCUCCUUGAUAUGAUUACAUUCUCCAGACACUUUAAUCUAAUUAGAACUUGCGUAACACUAACUGUAAAGAACACUAUACUUACAAUAUCAUAGAAAAGAAGGAGUCACAGUGAAAAGUAAUCUUAGUUUCCAAUUACGAAAAACAAACAUAUCGUUACACUUUCAUUUUCUCUUUUGCGACGAGCGAAGUUUGACAUUAAUAGCAUAGAUAUUUUAUUAUGGAAAUACAUCAUAAGUUUAAA